AUGCCGUUAGUACACAACAAUGCUUUGGAUGAUAAAGAUUUAAGGCACGUUAUUAACAAUUCAACACCAAAAAUAUCAAAUCAGGAUCUAUACAAAUUAAACUGGAACGAAAAGGAUAAAAUGUUCUUCAAGAAAGUGAGGAAUAUUAUUGAAAAGAGUGAAAUAGUUGACCACCAUAGUACCAGUGAUAGUAUAGAUUGUGACUCAACAACUACCAACAAAUUUUGGCGGAUAAGUGCAGGGAUAUAUGUUUAUUCAGCCUAUUUUGAUACACGCAAUGAAACUGCAUAUAUCCGUAUGAUAGCCGCUGUUUCAAAGGAAAUAAACAAAGUUUAUUUAAACACUACGCUUUCGUGUGUAUUUAAUACAACUGAGGAUGGUGAAAAUAGUUCUGCAACUUCUGUUGUGUAUUCUCCGCUGCAAUCGUAUGAGAUGUGUGAAAAUCAUAAAAGGCUUUUUGGGGGAUGGAUGUUUUCAUGCCAAGUGCCUAAAAACUUAAAAUCGAAACCAUUAAAAAUACAACUGAAGUUUUUAGAUUUGGAUAAUAUUACAAAAUCUACAUUAAAGGACAUUUGUAUAACUUCUCGUCAUAAAAAUAUCAAACGACGGAAAUUAAAUUUUGGUGUUUGUGUACCCCCUUUGUAUGGGGAAAUAAAAGCGAAGUCCCUCAUUGAGUUUAUAGAAUUUAAUAGAGUCCUUGGUGCUGAAAUUUUUAUUUUGUACAUUGAGAAUUCUAUAGAUAAUCUAUCAAUGGAAGUACGAAGCGUUAUACGUUAUUAUGAAAGACAAAACGUAAUUAUUUUUCAUCCAUGGCGACUUCCAUUUACAUCUGAAUCAAUAUGGUACCAUGGUCAAUCACUAGCAAUUAAUGACUGUUUAUACAGAAACAUGGAUGACUUCAAGUAUUUAGUUUUUAUUGAUCUAGAUGAAUUCAUUAUUCCGCAAAAUGAACUGAUAACAUGGACUGACGUCAUUAAUCGAGUUAAAGAGAACGAUCCUGAAAUGUUCAAACGAAGUAUUGGGAUGUCUUUUAAAUCAACAUUCUUUUCGGAAGAGUUUUCAAGACAUGUUUUCUCAAAUGAAAUGAGUAUGACCGUGAGAACAAACAGAACUAGGAACUUCAGUUUCCGCAGAAAUAAAGUGCUGGUUCAGCCAGAGAAAAUCUUUGAACUUGGGAUACAUCAUGUUAGCAAACCACUGCAUGAGAAAGAUAGUCAAAACAUUAUUAACAUCCCAACAUCUGUCGCUCAUAUUCACCAUUAUCGUAGUUGUGUUAAUGAGUUUGGUAUACAUUGUAAAAUUCGUGUUGAAGAUUAUACCGUACCAUAUAAGUAUGGUCAGCAAAUAAUUGAUAAUUACCUAAAAAUUGUUUUUGAUAUAACACCGUAA